ACUAUGAGCUUAAUAUUGACAUUGACAACAUCAAAGUUUGUUGUCUGGCCUACUGACGACGACGCCGCCAGCCUCAGCAGUCGUGAUGGUAGCCCACGUAGCAGCCACUUUGUUGACGGCCUUUAUGGUCUACACUGCAGUUCCUGGUUCCAGUCUCUUCUCCUGGCACCCAACCUUGAUGACAAUAGCAUUUGUGCUGCUGAUGUUUGAGGCCAUCAUUGUGUUCUCCAGAGAGAGCUCCCUGUUCCAGUCCCGAACACAUGCCACCAAGGCCGAGAUUCAUGCUUGGGUCAUGGGCAUAGCUGCAACAUGUGCUUCAUGUGGCUUUGCAUCCAUUUACAUCAACAAAGAUUUAAACCAGAAAAACCACUUCACAACAUGGCAUGGCUUUAUAGGCGUCCUCACAUUGUCCUAUGUUCUUUUACAAUUGAUCGGAGGAAUACUAUUAAAAUACAGCGGUAUCUUACGCAGUUUGAACAUCCAGAUACGCCUUGUUGAUUUGAAGUUAUACCAUGCUACAUCAGGACUGGUGUUGUUCACAGCCAUAAGCCUUACACUUAUAUUGGCGUUCUGGUCCGACUGGUUUGUCUCGCACACCAAUGUCUAUACCUGGUAUGCAUGUUUCAUGGCCUUAUCCUGCAUCGCUAUGAUUGUGAUGCAGCAGAUUACCACUGCCUACCUACCUCAAAGUCGCAGACCAGGGGUAGCUUUCAACAAUGCUCCGGCACGCAAGCACAAAAAACAAAAAUAAUUCUGGACUAGUCAUUGAUCAUCAUGUAUUUUUAUUGUUUAUAUCUUUUUAAAAAUAAAUAUUUGUUAUAAAGAUA